AUGCCGCAGCUUUGGAAAUCGUUCUCGCCAAAGGGCAGCAUCCAGCUGAUUGAAAUGUACGACAAGCGUCAGGGAGAGAAAGGGGCUGUCGCGAGAAUCGACUUCUCACCACCGCCAGAAUUGAAUUUCUGGAACAGCAGAACAACAGACCUCGUUCUAGAUGGUCAUGAAAAGCCAGUCACCGUUCAUGUGGACGUGCUCAGAGCACGACAGGAGCCUCCGCCAAGCAGCCAUGAGCAGCGCUACCCUUCCAUUAUUUCCAUGCAGCUCAAGUCACUUGACUUUGGAAGUUUGCUCAACAAAGACACCAUGGUAAUCAGUGAGAGCAUACAGUCGCUAAAAGAUGGCGAGAUCUCACUGGAAUUCAACACUGUCAGAGGGGAAGUCAUUAUUUACUUCCACUUCCAGGAGAGGCUAAAAAAGUUCUCGAGAAAGAGACUAUACAAGCUCAUCACCCAUGUUACCGCCAUUACAAAUUCUCUUACAGCGGUCGAAAACUUGAUGCUAGCGUUGGAACAGUAUGAUAUAGUUCCGACUCGCACGACUCUCAAGCUAGAGAAAAAUCACAAAUGCAUGUGGGAUUUGCUGGACCAUCCCUCGGAUGACAGCAGCUCCAAUACUCUCGAGUACCUCAGCCUGACCGCUCACCACAUUUACCUGGAUUUUGCUGUCCGUUACAGACUCGAGGUAUGUGUUACUCGAGGCUAUCUACGUGAGCACGCAAUCGACGCCGAGUUCCUGGAGAAGUUGGCAGCGUUGGAUGUCCCAAAAGCGAGCCAGUUGCUGGAGUACCUGGUCGAUGAAGAGAUACAACUCGAGGACCCUCUACAACUAUUUGAAGAUGCACGAUUUCGCUAUGCCCCGAUCAAGAGAAAGAUUCCGUACUAUUGCUCGCUUGUGCUCAAGGCCAAUAUUACGCCAACGUCACUGAAGCUGAACCUCCCAAAUGUCGAGAGCUCAAAUCGUGUCAUGCGAAAAUACAACAACUUGCAUGACAGGUUUCUUCGUGUGCAGUUUCUCUCUGAAACAGAGUCUAAUCGCAUCGCAAAAGAUCGCUACAACAACGAUGAUGUCUGGAAAAGGCUUUUGCGUGCAUUGCACAAGGGUAUCCGCAUUGGAGAACGAACGUACGAAUUUCUAGCAUUUGGAAACUCACAGCUGCGAGAAGGCAGCGUGACCUUUUUCUGCCCGACGGCGCAUGUAUCGUGCGAUGACAUUCGCAAGUGGCUGGGCAACUUUGACCAUAUUCGCAAUGUCGCCAAAUUUGGGGCUAGGAUCGGACAGUGCUUUUCAACCACGCGAGAGGUGCGCGGAGUUCGUGUGCCUACAAUUCGCCACAUUGACGAUAUUGAGGCCAAAGGCGAAUGCUUUACCGAUGGCGUGGGUAUCAUAUCGGCUCUUCUUGCACAGCUGGUUGUUGAUGAAUUGGAACUGGACAUAGUCGGAAAUCCGUCUGCUUUUCAGUUUCGCAUGGGUGGCGCCAAGGGAGUUCUCGCAGUGUGGCCGCGAGAAUAUGCAAAGCACAUGGAAGUUUGCCUACGAAAGUCACAAAUCAAGUUUAGCACCGAGGCAAACACGCUUGAGAUCAUAAAGUGCGCCAAAACAUCGACUGCGACGCUCAACCGUCAAAUCAUUACCAUUUUGGAGCACCUCGGAGUUCCUCUCGGAGCGUUCAUGGCGCUGCUCAACAAACAGAUCCAACAUUACGAAGAAGCGAUGACGAGUCGCGUGGCCGCUAUUGAUCUCUUGACAAAGUUUGUCGACGAGAACUAG